AUGGCGGAUUCGGAGUCGACCGUUCGGCAACGGAAGCCCAAGGAGGCUUCCGACAAGCUCCAAGACGAGCCUACAGAGAAACCCACAGCCGUGCCUUUGAAGAAGAGGGCUAAAGAAGAAGACGCCUACAGCCCGUGGCUCGAUGUCUUUCGUGUCCUGACGUUCCUCUUCCUGGCUUCGUCGGGUCUGAGCUACCUGGUUUCAAGUGGAGAGUCAUUCUUCUGGAGCAUGAAGGUGCCUCCCAAGUAUCUGCAGAAGGAAUGGUGGACAGACCAAUUCCGUGGUCCGAUUCAAUUGACCCCAGCCGAGCUCGCCGCCUUCGAUGGCACCGACCCCAAGAAGCCCCUCUACCUGGCCAUCAAUGGCACAAUCUACGACGUCACCCCGGGCGCCCGGAUGUAUGGGCCCGGCGGAUCCUACCAUUGGUUCGCCGGCGUUGAUGCGGCGCGGGCGUAUGUGACAGGAUGUUUCUCUACGGACCGUACACCGGACAUGCGCGGAGUGGAAGACAUGUUUCUGCCUCUCGACGACCCCGAGGUGGACCGGCUGUACACUGCCGCAGAGAUGAAGAAGUUACAAGAGGAAGAGUUGCAACAGGCUAGGAAGCAAGUGCAUGACGCGUUGAAGCAUUGGGUGGAUUUCUUCGCGAAUAGCAAGAAGUAUCACAAGGUCGGUACGGUCAAGAGGGCGCCGAACUGGCUGGAAAAGGAGCCGAAGAAAGACCUAUGUGAGGUCGCCGCUAAAGGCAGGAAACCGAGAAACCCACCGAAGAGGGACUGA